AUGGAUCCUGGUACUUCGAGAGUGACUCGCAGUCAGGCUCAAAAGCGGCCGAUGACCUCUGAUAGCAGUUCUAAGGCUAAACGAGCUGGGGAGCCAUCUAAGACAGCCGGGCGCACCACCGAAGCCGAGGCCGCCAGACAGGCCACCGAGACCACCAGGACGGCCACCGAGACCGCCAGGCAGCUUGCCGAAGCCGAGGCCGCCAGACAGGCCGCCGAGUUAGGCAGACAGGCCGCCGAGAAUGGCAGGCUGGCCGCCGAAGCCGAGGUGACCAGGAUGGCCACCGAGAUGGCCAGGGUGAUAUCUGAAGCCGAGGCUGCCAGACAAACCGCCGACACUGCGAGGCUGGCCGCUGAGGACAAGGUCACUAGUUUGACGGCGGAGGUGGCCUGGUUGAAAGCCGAGGUUUCGAGGCUGACGGCCAUCAACGAGGCCGCCAAGUUGGCUGCCAGGCAGGCUGCUGAGGCCGAGGUCUCCAAGCAGGCCGCCGAGGCCGAGACAGCCAGGCAGGCCGCCGAAGCAGCCACGAAGCAGGCAGCCCAGGCUGGCGCCGAGCUGGAAGCUACAAGGGCCGAACUGGCCAAGGUCAAGUCACAGCUGGAUGGUGCAGGCAACACGGUUUUUGAGGUGUGUAACUGA